AUGAAAUUCUCAAAUUAUUUUGCUAUGGCAUGUUUUGCCUUAUUAGGUGUUAAUGCUGCUCCAGUUGCUGGUUUAACAGAUUCAAUAACCAAAAGAGAUGCUAAUGCUGAAGCUAAUCCAUGGAUCAGAUUAAGACCAAACCAACCAGUUAGAAGAGAUGCUGAUGCUGAUGCUGAUGCUGAUGCUGAAGCUUGGAUCAGAUUAAGACCAAACCAACCA